GGCAAUGGGCAAGCGUGAGCGAGUGCGUGCGCGUGCGCGGAAGCGCAAGGUGGAGAAGAAGCUCGGUGUGCGCGAGCAGGGCGGGAAUGGUGGUAGGGCCGAGGUGAGGAGGAUGAUCCGGCGCGGGGCGAUGGGCAGCGGCGGCGGCGGCGGUGCAGGCGGUGAAGGGGCCGGCGGGUACGGGAUCGAUGGGCGGAGGGUCAAGGCGGAGGCGGGGGCCAGUCAGAGCAAGAGUGGCAAAAAGAAGAAGAAGGGCGGUGCUGGUGGGGGGGGAUUCCCGUCAUCUCGCGCAAGGCCGAGGCGGUGUACGGCGAGGCCGCGGGUAUCUCCAAAAUGCUGCUGGUUGGUGACGGCGACUUCUCGCUCGCUGUGGCCAUGGUGCGGCUGGCCGGCGGCGACGGAUCGCGGCUGGUGGCUACGUCGUACGACUACGCUGAGGACGUGCGCGAUAAGUACAAGCAGGCUGAGUCGAACAUUCGCGCGCUGGAAAAGGCCGGCGCGUCCGUGCUGCAUGGCGUCGAUGGUCGCAGGCUGCACCGCAAGAAGGAGCUCCGGGGCGAGCUCUUUGAUCGCAUCGUGUUCUUCUUUCCGCACUCGGGCCAGCAGCGAGUCCAUGUCAACCGCCUCCUCCUCUCCGAGUUCUUUUCCUCGGCGGCGCGCGUCCUCGCCCCUGGCGGCGAGGUCCACGUCGCGCUCAAGACCUUCGCGCCGUACAUCCACUGGAACGCUCCGGGCGCCGCCGCCGCCGCCGGCCUCGACCUUGUUGUCCAGCAUCCGUUGGCCAGCCUUCAGCUCCGCGAGCACGGCUACAUCCACCGGACAACGGAUCCCAAUGCCGUCAAGUUCCGCUCGGUCGACUCGAUGCUGUACGUCUUUGCCAAGUCGGCGGCAGCUGAAGCCGCUGCGGCGUCGUCCAAGAAGCGCCGCGCGGCCACCAGCACCUCGACUGAGAUCGCUGCCAUCCUCGACGCAGCCGGGGGUACCCUCUUUCCCGUCGCGCUCUCUGCCGAGGCACGUCCCAUCAAGAGGCGGAAGCUGCUUCCCUAG